CCGGGUGUCUCCGCAGCCCCCCCCCGGCGGCCCCGGUGCCGGCGGCGCAGCCGGCGCAGCCCGGGCUGAUGGCGCAGAUGGCGAGCACGGCGGCCGGCGUGGCCGUGGGCUCCGCCGUGGGACACGUUGUGGGCAGCGCCCUCACCGGCGCCUUCAGCGGCGGCUCUUCCGAACCGGCCAAGGCGGCGGCUCCUGCGCAGCAGCCCGUAUUCCAGCAGCCCAACUACGGCCCCUGCCACUAUGAGAUGAAGCAGUUCCUGGAGUGCGCCACCAACCAGAGAGACCUGACCUUGUGCGAGGGCUUCAACGAAGCGCUGAAGCAGUGCAAGUACAGCAAUGGUGUUUCUUCUCUCCUGUGAAGAAUCUGCCUCCUUGCAGGGAAGAGGAGCCUGGUGUAGAGCCCUGUUGCCUGCGGGCAGCGGGAGGAUGGACAGAGAGCGAGCUGGAGGAAACAGAUGAGCCAGACAGGAGUCUUGUAGUGGUAACUCACUUCUAGACUAGUAGGGAAGAGAAGGAAUGGUUGGAGCUGUGAGACUGGAGUUCAGCUAGCAUUGUAUUUAUUACAGAGAAAUAAAUGAGUUUAUUUGGACCUAUCA